CUCCUAUACAUACACGUUUGAAUAUGAGCACACGCGGAUACACAUGCAUACACAUAUAUAAAUAUAUACAUGUAUAAAAAGAAUGAGGUAUCGGAUAUCGCGUGUAGCAAUAAUACAGAUACACACGUAUACAAAUAUAAACGUCAGGUAGGAGAAAAGAAGAGCAACAGCAGCAGUGGUAUCAUCCCCACCAGUAAAUGCAACAGUGCCAUUAACGUUGAACAGCAACAACAGCAGUUCCAGCAAGACAUCAGCACGGUUGAACGAGCAGAACGUCGUUGGUCCACUGGUGACGGCCGCAGCGACGGCGCAGGUUGUUCGACAUCAAAAAAUGACACAUUCGAGUUUGAAGUAUCGAGGCUCCUCGUUGCGGGCCGUGGAUUUGGGAUAAUAAAGAGUGAAACAAUGCCGCCGUCCUCGCAUGCGAACUGGACGAAACCGUUGCUGAAGGGAGGCCAGAUGAUGCAGAUGCAGGUAAAACGAGUUACCGAAAGGAACGGACAGAAUCUAAAUUCCAACGGGAGUAGUAACAACGAUAACAACGGUGCUAAUAUUCCAACCGAUAGAAGAAUCAAAGUGGUCCUUGUAGGAGACGGUGCCGUUGGCAAAACUAGUUUGGUUGUUUCAUACUCGACUAAUGGUUUUCCUGGUGAAUAUGUGCCCACUGCAUUUGAUAAUUACAAAGUUGUGGUUAAUGUUGAUGGACAACCAGUAAACGUUCAACUCUGUGACACUGCAGGACAGGAUGAUUUUGAUCCUUUAAGAUCCCUAUGCUAUCCAGAAACAGAUGUAUUUUUAGUAUGCUUCAGUGUCGUAUGCCCAUCUUCUUACCACAGCGUUGCAUCAUGGUGGAUCAACGAAAUUAAAAAAUACUGCCCAAAUGCUCCAAUAAUUUUAGUAGGAACAAAAAGUGAUCUAAGAUCAGAUGUACGUUUGAUGCUACAGUUAGCAAGAUAUGGUCAAGCACCGAUCACAACUGAUCAAGGUCAUCAAUUAGCUCAACGAUUAGGUGCAGUAAGUUACGUAGAAACAUCUGCAUUAACUCAACACGAUUUAAAAGAAGCUUUUGAUCAAGCUAUCGUCAGUGCUCUCAAUGCUAGACGUGGUGGUGGUGGUACUGGAAUAAUAAUCAGACGUAGAAAACCACCAUCGUUAUGGCGUAGAUGGUUAUGUUGUUUAGAAAGACCACAGUCAAACGAUACGUAGAUUUUAUUCUUAAGACUCUCUAGAAUGACUCUGUGAUCGUAAGCAUAAGCUGCCUUGCUGUAGGAACUACUAUCAUCCAUGGAUAUUUAAUGGAAUAUCGUUACAAACUUUAUUACAGUUUUGUAACUCGACUGUUGUUAAAAGGAUACACCAUAACGUGGUGAUCAGUCCUGGAAUAAUUCCUCAAGCCCAUCGCGGCAUAAUAAUUUAUUAUAAUAUUAAUUAGAAAUUUUGGUUGUAUGUAUGACGUGUAAUUCAGCAGCUACUCCGCUGGUUGUGAUUUUAUAUCCGUAAUAUUUCUUCAACGUUAUUAUUAAUAAUAUUAUUAUUUUUUUUUGUUUUUUAAUUAUUUUUAAGAUUCGUUAAACUCAAAUUGUUAUCGUCAUGAAAGUUAAAGUUGCAUUAACUUUUCAUUUUAUUUAUGAUUA